CCGCACCUUUGACGAAGAUGGCGACCCGGGCGGAACGGGAGCGGCAGCAGCGGCAGAAUGAGCGGCACCAGGAUCUACUCGGGGAGAUGCUGCUCGAAAGCCGGGAGUGUGCGGACUGCGGCAGCCGAGGACCAAGAUGGGCUUCAUGGAACCUGGGAGUGUUUGUGUGCAUUCGCUGUGCAGGUAUUCACAGAAAGCUUGGAGUUCAUAUCUCCAAAGUGAAAUCAGUCAAUCUGGAUCAGUGGACACCAGAACAGAUACAGUGCAUUCGAGAGAUGGGAAACUCGAAGGCCAAGAUAUUAUAUGAAGCUCACCUCCCUGCUAACUUCAAGCGGCCACAAACGGAUCAAGCAGUGGAGAGCUUCAUAAGAGACAAAUAUGAAAGAAAGAAAUACUUUGAUAAAAGUAUUAAUAUUGCUGAAUUCAGGAAAGAAAAUAACAAAUGGAAGAAAGAGGGUGAAGCAAAAGAGACCAAAACUGCACCAGUUAUCUUUGAAAAAGUUAAAGUGCCACCAAAAAAGGAUGAGCAGCAAGUGAAAACCAGUCCUUCAACACCUGCUGGCCCAGUGAUUGAUCUGCUGGGACUAGAUGCUCCUGCAGCAGCUCCUACCUCCAAUGGCACCACGAGUGUGAACACCGCACCAGCUGGUGAUCUGGACCUCUUUGGACCCAUGGUGUCUAAUCCAUUGCCUGAUUCCAGCCCUUUCCCACCCACACAGGUGUUGGCGUCCACUCCGCAGGAAGGAGCUGAAAAUCUGAACCUCUUUGCUGAGCCCAGUGUGAAACAGGACGAUUCUGGAAAGAAGCAGCUUUCGAAGGAUUCCAUUCUGUCACUUUAUGGGUCACAGACCCAAGUUCCAACUCAAGGCACAAUGUUCAUGGCUUCUGCACAGGUGCCCUAUGCUCCCUGUCUGCCCUCUGGUUACACCAAUUUCCCACCUGUGGGUAGUGCAGUAACACCAGCUGGCGGCAUGCUGAGUAAUGUAGGGCAGUCAAUGGGCAUGAUGGCCCCAGUGGCAAUACCAGGAGGAUAUGUAGGUGGUGUACAAGCUAGAGUAAUGGGCAUGCCCAGUGGGGUGAUGGCACAACAGGGAGCCUACAUGGGUGGAUUGGCCAUGCCUCAGCCGGUAUACGGAGUCCAACAGGCCCAGCAGCUACAAUGGAACAUCACCCAGAUGACUCAGCAGAUGGCAGGAAUGAAUUUCUAUGGUGCCAAUGGGAUGGUGAAUUAUGGACAAUCAUCAGUUCCCAUGGGAGCGGGAGCAGCUCCAGCAGCUGGGCAAUCUCUGGGCACCCAGAUGUGGAAAUAACUGGACCAGAAGUAAACAAGAAAUGACAAUCGCUCUGUGUUUCAGAACCAUGGCUUCUUCUCUACUUCAGCCAGUUUGCUGUGUGCGAUCUCAACUCCAUUUUUGCCUGUAGAUCCUACACAGACUUGGCGAGAAAUUCACCAUCAAAACAGCAGCCAUCAUUACCAAAGUCAAUUUUUAAAACCAAUAUUUUUCUCCCAAAGGUGGAUUCUUUGGGAGCGUGUUCCUUCAAACAAAGUGUGGGAGGGGUGUGUGAUCUUUGCUCAGUGCAACUUUAGCCACUUGUAAUUGUUUAAAUCUGUUUGCCAUUCAGUUUGUGAUCCAAUAGUAACACAUCCCACCAUGCCUUGUUAUUAGCGCUGAUUUACAAUUGAUAAGAUAGGGCUCUGAGAGAAAUGAUCAGGAGAGAGCUAUUCAGUUUGUGACGAGCAUGAUGAUAAUGCAAAGGAUAAUUAUAAUUACUCCUGUCUUGUUAAUCAGCCUGAACUUUGUUAAACAGGAUGCAAAUGUAUGAACCGAAGCAUAUAUGUGCCUCACAUAUAACACAUGCCUCCUUCAACUGGGUUAAAAACCUUUGAUAAACGCACACCUCUUAAAGCUGUCUUAUUAGGUUAAUUGUUUGGCUGAUAACCAUUAAGUAACUGGUAUUGUUUACAGUAAUUUAUAUAGUGCUGCUACAUUAACAGUUCAUCUGUUGAUUGGCACUGAUUCCAUAUUUAAAUUGUAACAGCUAGUUUGGAAUUUAGUUACAGAUUAGCAAAUCUUAGUUGGAGGAAUAAGACAGCACACAAGAAAUGGAGAACUUUCUUAUUCCAUAAUUUGUGACCAAUAUUAUCUAGCACAAGGUCCAAACGGGUUAGCUAAGACUUGACCCCCUGCCUCUCUGAGGGUGAAAUGUCUUGCUCAGUACAAAACCUAUCAGCUUACUCAUUAGCCAAUUAAUCUUAUCACAGGACUGCUUUUAAACUGCAAACAAAGUUGUUUUUAAGUGGAGCUCAGUGCAUUUUUGUGAGAAUGUCGAAUAAUAACAGCGGAAGAUCAAGAGUGGAGAGAUCUGCCAGUGUUUGAGGUUGGUAUUCAUGGAUUGUGGAUACAGGGCUUCAAGGCUAGAAUAAGUUGGAGGGGGAUAACAUUCGCAUACUGUCUUGGUCAAAUCACUGACUUUGUUAAUCUUAGGUCUGUGGUCUAUUUUAGCUAUUUGCAUUUUAGCAGAUUGGCCCUUUGGUUGAGGGAAAAGUUUAAAUGCACAAAAUUGAUUCUGUUUCUUCCAUCUUGUAGGUGGCUGAAGACAGAGGACUUAUGGUGAUGUUCUUGGUUGGUACACUGAGCUUGGGUUGACAUGCACAGCACAUACUUGAAUUAUCAACACCUGACAUUGUGUGUGUGGAAGGGAGGAAGCACAGUGUUCACCGCAGGGUCAACACUUGAUUUUCCCUGCAGUCACAAAUCUAUGUCCCAUUCAUCUCUCCUGACAAUCUCCCUCUCUCAAACUAUCUGAGUGUUAGACCACGCGCUAGCACUGAUCUCAGUUUAAUUGUACAAGAGAAGUAGCUAGUUUGAAAGACUUUGAACAGAUACUGUGAAACAACUGGAAGCAGAAUAUGGGGAAUGGCGUGUGAGAAGUAAAGCACCGCACAUCUGUGCGAUUGUCUGAUCACCUUCUGUAGCCAGUUUGAGUGGAGAGUGCCCUUUGAUUUCUUGUGUUUGGUUUUUUUUGUGUGUUGGGAAAAGAUAGAAUUCCUUUUGCACUUGACAGUUACUUUGCUGCUUUAACUAACUUCCAAAAGUGUUAAGGGAGGAAUGCUGGGCAGUAAAGAGACCUGAUCCACUAAAGCACACCUCAUGGGACUUCUCACGAGUUCGCUAAUUAGAUUUGGGGCAAAUGUCACGUUUACAAUUUUAGAAAUAUUGGUUUUUGCUGGGUCAUUACACCUGAAUAGGGAAUUCUAAAAAUGUAAUAUUUUUAACUCUUUGUUUAUAGCAUACAUACCAGAACGUUAUGAUCUGUAGUUAAAGUUGUAAGUAGAUUAGGGCAGUUGUCUAAGGAACUGGUGAACUAAAGCUGGCUGGUGGAGCUCAGCUUUGGAUUUUCAAUUUUUUUUUACAAAGCUGACUCACUAAGGCAAGUGGAGUGAACCUUUGCAGUCCAGUUAGUCAAACUGUAACAAUUUGGAAUCUACAUAGUCUGUGUUGAGGGUGGCACGGUGGCACAGUGGUUAGCACUGCUGCCUCACAGCGCCAGAGACCCAGGUUCAAUUCCUGCCUCAGGCGACUCUCUGUGUGGAGUUUGCACAUUCUCCCCGUGUCUGCGUGGGUUUCCUCCCACAAUCCAAAAAUGUGCAGGUUAGGUGAGUUGGCUAUACUAAAUUGCCCGUAGUGUUCGGUGAAGGGGUAAAUGUAGGGGAAUGGGUCUGGGUGGGUUGCGCUUCAGCGGGUUGGUGUGGACUUGUUGGGCCGAAGGGCCUGUUUCCGCACUGUAAGUAAUCUAAUCUAAAGGAUAUUAAGUGAUUUGAAACACAGCAAAAACUUCCAAAUGCAUUGGCUUUUGUGAUGCAGACCCCAUUUAGGUUUGCUCUAAGUCUGAAAAAAUUCAGGAAAUAUUACCCUUACAUAAUCUGCAUUGUUGUUUGGCAAUAGUUGAAUCAUUUAAUAACCUAGUACAGAAUAAUUGGAAACUCAAAACUCAACUGAAUUUUGUUUUUCUCUGCUUCUAAUUUCUGAUGAACUAACAUGUAAAUAUUGGACUCAGGAUUUCAGGUCAAAAGGAAAUGUAAAAUUGGCAAGUAUCUGCCAUGAAAAAUGCCUAUACUUUGAGCUGUGAAUGAGAAUACUGUUUACAGAAUGCAAUGUUUAUCUUGUACUAAAGUAGUAUAAUUAUCAGUUGAAUUCUCCCUAUAGCAUUUCUGCAUGUAAUUCCCAGCUCUGAGUGGUUGCCUCUGUUUUUGGUACUGUAAUUUUGGUGGUAGGUCUUUGGAUUUCACAAAAGUCACUGUUUACUAUUUCUCAUAUUGAUGUUCUCUCCAUUUGGUUUUAGUUGAGCAGUCGGCAGUACUUGUGGAAUGUGACGAACUGUGUAAUUGUUUGAUUUCCCCAAUUCCAGAGUAGGUUGCUGUGUGGGGCGUGUGACCUCUGCUCUGUGGGUCUGUUUCUCUCCCUGCUUCAUGCUGCAUCAAGAGUUGAAUCCCUGCCCUCUUUGCCCCUUAGGCUGAUAGUGUAGCCUGGACCCCGUUUUCUAUGUUCACUGGAUUGAGCAGAUGGUCUGAGUUCAUUCUUCUAUCUGGUCAUAAAAAGGUGCAUUCAAACUGCAGUUACUUCCAAAUUCAAAGCCACUUUUAUGUAGAUGCACGUCUUCUGUGUGUUUGUGUGUGAGAGAAAGCUCACUUUCAUAAGUUCUCCCACGUUUUCUCCUUUGAAUCAACUGUGUAAAUCCUGAGGGAGAUUGACUGACAGAUAUUGGUAUUCCCCACAAUCUGGAUUGAAAUGGCAUUGAUCUAAAAGAGGUUUAUGUACUGCCCUGUUAAUGACUGAAUGUUCACUUGCAUCCAUGAUGAAGUAGAGCAGGGAA